AUGAAGGGCUCACUCAUUUCCCUCGUCGGCGGUGCCUCCACGGCUCUGGCUGCGGUACGCGGUUUCAACUAUGCCGCUCAAGAAGCCACGCAAGAAAACUUCGAAGCAUCAUUCAAGCUUGCAGGCAGCUUGAGUGGUCUCGACAACUUCAACGGCGCCAGAUUAUAUACUAUGAUCCAAGAGGGCACCACCAACGAGCCCAUCCACGCGAUACCCGCAGCCAUCGACACAAAAUCCACACUACUUCUCGGUCUAUGGACCUCCGUUCCCCAAUCCGCCUUCGACAACGAGAUUACAGCUCUCAAGAACGCCAUCCAACAAUACGGCGACGACCUCAAGAAUAUGGUCACUGGUAUCUCUGUUGGCAGCGAGGAUCUUUACCGCAUCUCAGUCACUGGUCUCGCCAAUGAUCCCACCGCUGCUGGCCAGACCCCAGAUCAUCCGCGAAGCCAUCAAGGCACUGCCCUGGACGGCACACCGAUCGGCCACGUCGACACCUGGAACGCCUUCGUCAACUCUUCCAACGACAAGGUCAUCGCCGCCUGCGAUUUCCUCGGUCUGGACGAAUACCCCUACUUCCAAACCACCGACCCCAACUCGAUCGACAACGCUGCCAAUCUCUUCUUCGAGGCCUACGACAAGGUCAAGGCCGUCGCUCAGGGCGCAGAGCUCUGGGUCACAGAAGCUGGCUGGCCAGUUUCAGGGAAGCAGUCGGGCGCUGCGAUCACUGGAGUGGACAACGCGCAGACAUUCUGGCAGGAGGUGGCCUGCGAGCUGAUCAAGCGCAACAUCAACUUCUGGUGGUACAUGCUCCAGGACAAGGCCAGCCCAGACUUCAGCGUUGCUAGCGCCUCUGGCCAGCCGCUGUACAAUCUGGCCUGCAAUGCCAGCUCCGGAUACCACCCAACCACCAACAACUCAUCCUCUUCCUCCACAGCUCCAUCUAGCAGCAAAGCCACCGCUUCCAUGACUACCAUUUCCGGCACCAUCGUCACCACAAUCCCAACCGAGACCGGCGAGGCUGGCAGCCCCGGUGCCGCUAAUGCCGGCGCAGGUAGCCAGACUACAGGCGGCAGCGGCGCAACAGGCUCGAGCAGCAGCGCUUCAGCUUCGGGCUCGAGCUUCGCCGGCGCUGCAGGAAAGUCCCAGGCCAGCUUCAUUGGUCUCGUCCUCGCCGCAGCAGCUGCUGUGUUCGCCUUGUAG